AUGGCAAAUGGCAUAUUUAAUUUAAGUUCAUAUGAACUGAAUAAGGAUGAAAAAACAAUUCUGAAUCUUGGACUCUCAUUUGCUCCAUCUAGGAGUUUAAAUAAAUUUGAUACUUUUGUGAAUACGAAAGAAUUUAUUAGGAAGUUAACUCUGAAGAGAUUCUUCCUUAAAGCCGAUUUAGAGAAUACUGGAGAGAAUCCAAGAAGGAAUGUAAAUUCGGAUCCAAUAGAAGAAUAUAUACACACCGAACUAAAACCAAGAUCACGCUUCUAUCCUAUAAGCAGUAAAGGAACAGCUAUAGAAGCUUUUGAAACUGUGGUGUGCAAGGAGAUUAAGGAGAUACAAUCGAAUAAAUUAAGAAAUAAGAAGCAAAACCUAUCAAGAAAUCAACGUGAGACCAUCAAAAAGCUCGAAAAUAACGCGAGCCUAACAAUCAAUCCCGCGGACAAAGGAGGCGGGAUCGUUGUGAUGAACAGGGAUAAUUAUGAGGCUGAAAACAAACGGAUUCUGAGUGACAUCAGUACAUAUGAAGAACUGAAAGGAAAUCCAACGGAUGUAUAUGCUAAAGAACUCACAGAGUUGUUGAAAGAAGCAAAUGAAGAAGGCAUACUCAAUGACAAAGAAUUCAACUAUCUAAAUGUAAAGUAUCCAGUUAUACCGAUACUAUAUCACUUACCGAAGAUCCAUAAAUCGUUGACCAAACCCCCCGGAAGACCAAUUAUCUCUGGAAUAGGAUCUCUGAGUAGCAAUUUAUCAGAAUACGUGGACAAACAUCUACAAAAACUAGUUAGAACACUACCCUCGUACCUGAGGGACUCAACACAGGUUCUGAAUCUUAUAGAAAAUCUACCCUGGAAAGAGGGCUAUAUACUGGCAUCAUGUGACGUGGUAUCAUUGUACACAAGUAUCCCACAUGAGGAGGGUAUCGAUGCAGUUAAGUUCUUUUUAGAUAAGGAACCUGAUAUGAGACCAAAACAAAGCGAGUUUAUACUGGACAGUAUCCAAGAAAGCUGUCAUCACAUUAAAUGGAAGAACAACAUUCCAAAAGGACAAUUGUUACGAAUGAAAAAGAACUGUUCCAACCCCUCAAAAUGGGAAGAGCAAGCCUCAAUAAUCAAAGAAAAAUUCAUAGAGAGAGGAUAUGACAAGGAAAUGCUGGACCAGAAGCUAAAUGAAGGAAAAGUUCCAUUAGAGGUGGAUAAAGGGGAAUUUGUAUACUGUCUGCCCAGAUGUCGUAAUAAUCCCAAAGCUCGCUACGAUCCUUACGAUCUUCAAGUCGUUCCUGCAGCUGCGGCUCUUCAGUCUGACUUGUACUGGACUGUUAGUGCAUCAAAUGUCUCUAAGGUACAUCUUUUGUCAGGAACAGAGAUCAUGGAUAUAGUGCCAGUAAAUGAAUGGCUACGUGAGAGGGUCAACUAUUAUGCAAUGAAGAAUUUAAAAGUAUUUGCACAAUUCAGGCUCAGGAAAGCAUUUACACUCUGGAAAAUCAAUGUUCACAGGAAUAAAACAGAGAAGUGCAAAGCAGUUAUGCUCCAACGACUUGCUUUUGCUGAUGAACUAUUUCAAGGAUGUCUGCUUUUUGUACGAUCUCAGUGUGAAGACGCUUUGAACAGCCAGCAUGGUAAUGGAAGUGAAGAUCUGGCUAUUGUAUUUGUUAAGCUUGAUGACUCUCGGACCUACUCUCUGGAUGAGUUUUACAGUAUCCAGUCUCGGCAGUGUGACCUUGCCCUUGCAAAGAUUGUGACACUCAGAGAAAAAACACUUUGUAUGGUUAUUGAAACGUUUCAAAAGGUGGCAGAAUUGGAGGGUAUAGCUGAUCUUUUCCUGCCUGACAGUGACAUUAAACCAAAAUAUACAGUGUUAUCCAACUGGCGAAAUUUACUAGAUAGGUUUAGUCGCUUUGUAAAUCUUGUGGACUGCAUUUUCCAAGAGGUGCUUCGGUAUCUGGUGGGAAAAUCUGCUCAGAUGCUCUUCCAUUUCAUAGAAAUCGCCAGCACUGUGACUUCGACAGAGGAGAAAAAGAACUUGGAGUUAAGUGAGGAAGCUCAGGAAAAAGAUUUACAUUCCAUUGAGCAAUUCAGAGGACCUCAGUCAUCUCACAAGAAAAUAUAUCAGCAGGAAAGCUUAUCAAAGACUGAUGAGCUGCUGAUUGACAUUAGAAGAAUCAAUAAAGUCAGACAAGAGCAGGCACCAGUAUUUGAAGUGAACGUGGUUCUUCGCAAUAUAUCCGCUCAGGAACUGGCUGAAAAAGGGGAUCAUUACAAAGGAGAUACCACCUGCGCUGUAGAAAACGCAGAAGUAAAGAAACAAGUGACUUUUAAUCCAGAGGAAGCAGAGUUCUGCGGGUCUGAAGAAUCUGAUGAGGAAGAGGAGGCAGCAUCAGUAAGAUCUUCAGCUGUACCUAAAAAAGCUUAUGUGUUGCCCACUAAACAGGAGUUUGAAACAAGAAUUCAGGCCAUUUUGGACAGAUUUGAGCACACUAUUGGUAAAAUGACAGCAUUUAGUCAAGAGCCCCGUCUUUCUAAAUUCUGUAGUCAAAAUACAGGUAACAUGAAAACAGCAUCCGAGAGCGAUACAAAAUAUGCCAUGGGAAACGCUAAGAAAAUGUGGCCGAAUUGUGAACUCCUCCUCGGACUGGACCCGGAUUACCAAAGUCAAAUAAAAAAUAUUAACUCAGUUAUUACCUUUUCAAUGGAAGAAGUUGAAAUUUACUGCAGACGUUUUAACAAGUACAGUUCAAUGGUGGAAACAGCAGACCAUGUUAAAAUGAAUUUAAUUAACACAGAGACCCAGUUGUUGCCUGAGGACUACAGGAGCAUCCUCGCCAUGUUCAAAGGCUUUGUUACCGAUUGUAAAGAGAUGACUAUCGAGAGACGUGUUUGUGCAAUUCGAGUUAAGAGCAGGGAGUAUCAGGAAGAGUGUCUGCAAGAAAUUCAUGAGGUGUUUGAUCUCAUCCAUACUUCCCUUCCUGUUGUAGCUUAUAAUAAGUCUAUUCACCUGGUGGAAGUAAUACAUAAAGCAAUAAAGAAGUUAAACACACAUCUGAACCAUGUAGAGGAGUUUGUUGAACAUCUCACGUUUCUAGGCCAGAUAUCAUCAGAGCUUCCAUCCCUAGAGCGAGAGUAUAACAUGGUCAUCCAGCUGUAUUCAAUUGCGAGAGAUUACAAUAUAGAUAUACCAGCUGAAGAGUUGGCUCAUUAUCAAAGUCUUAUUCCCAGUUUUCAACAGCUUAAAUCAGCUGUUCUUUUAUGUGAAGCAAAAAAGAAUGAGGACAUCAUAAAAUUCACUGUGGAUCUGGACAAGAAUAUUUCAAACUUACACUUUGAGUUGAUGGAAUUCAAGAACAAAGUAAGAAACCCAAUACUUCUUGAAGGUGACACAUUUUCACAGGAAGCCAAGGAAAUUAUUGUAAACCUCUCAGCAGAGAUUGAAGUUACUGCAAACAAGGCCAGAUGUUACUCCAGUUACCAGGAACGUUUUGGUAGCUCAAUCACCCAUAUGAAAUCACAGCUCGUAGAUGCGCUGUUUUCAAGGAAAGGCACAGGAGGAGCUGUCAGUAUUCAUCAAGUCAAUGCUGAACUUGCAGAUAUUGAGUGUGAUCUAAGCUUGAGAAAGCUCCUGUGGGAUUCCAAGGGUGAAUGGGCAAAACGUUCUACAGAAUGGAUACUUACACCGUUUGAGCUUCUCAAUGUAGAUGAGAUACAGAGAGACGUUACUAGAUUCAUCCAUACUUUAUUUUUGCUUGAAAAAGGUCUACCAGCAAAUGAUGUUACAGCAAGCCUGAGACAAUCAGUCAUGGAUUUUAAGGAAAGCUUGCCAAUUGUCGUAGCUUUAAGAAACCCAUGUCUCCAACCUAGACAUUGGGACAUAAUACAAAACACCAUUGGAAAACUGCUUAAUAAAGAUAAGAAUUUUACCUUAGAAAACCUUUUGGCACUCAGGAUAUUUCAACAUAAAGAUAAAAUAAUUGACACUUCUACAAAUGCUACAAAUGAAGCUACACUUGAGGGAAUGCUAAAUAAAGUUAUUAACCUUUGGAGUAAAACUGAGUUCAACUUAACGUUGCAUCAUUCAGAGCUUUCAGAAGUUAUGAUUAUUACAUCUGCUGAUGAUAUAAUGACUCAAAUAGAAGAAUGUCAAGUUAUCAUUUCUACAAUAAAGAAUUCUCGCUUUGCUGGGCCAAUUAAGAAUACAGUUGAUGAAUGGGAUCGAAAACUGAAUCUCUUCUACCGUACUAUGGAUGAAUGGAUGACCUGUCAGAGGAACUGGCUUUACCUCGAGCAAAUCUUUGUUGCAUCUGACAUCCAGAGGCAGCUCCCGGCAGAAGCAAAGCUUUUCUAUCAAGUGGAUAGUACCUGGAAAGAGAUAAUGGCUCAUACAAAGGAUACUCCAACUGCUCUCAGAGCAGCCAUCGCUACCGGGCUGUUGGAUACGCUGCAGACAAACAACGCUCACCUUGAGAAGAUUUUAAAAUGCCUGGAGGAUUUUCUAGACAUCAAAAGAAAAGUUUUCCCAAGAUUUUACUUCCUAAGUAAUGAUGAGCUUCUUGCUAUUUUGUCUGAAAGCAAGAACCAUAAUGCUGUGCAGCCUCAUCUGGUGAAGUGUUUUGAGAAUAUAAGAUAUUUAGAUAUCCAACAAACACAAAAUAGCCCUCCUGUAGUAGUGAGGAUGAGAUCUACAGAGGGAGAAAGAAUUCCAAUGCCUAAAAAUAUCCGCGUAAGAGGCCCUGUGGAACAGUGGUUGGGAAAUGUGGAGAGCAACAUGUUUGAUGUUGUAAAAAGACUUAUAAAAGUUGGAGUUAUUGAUUGGAGUCAAUCAGAUUUGAAGAAAUGGCUUCUCACACACCCAGGACAAGUGGUUCUCGUUGUGAGCCAGAUUAUGUUCAAUAGAGAUUGUAUGAAGAGCUUCUCUGCUGUUGAACCAGUGAAAGGAUUAGGACUAGUCCAUUCUAAUUUAUUGAAGCAAUUGGAAGAGCUUGCUGAGAUGGCAUUAGAUAUCCCACUUCUUCAUCAGAAGACCACCCUCGAAGCUUUACUUACCCUCUAUGUGCACUGCAGAGAUGUCUUGGCAGAUAUAAUACAGAAGAAAAUACUGGAUCCAGAAGAUUUUGAAUGGACAAGACAACUGCGAUAUAACUUGAAUGAACAGAACAACUCCUGUUAUGUAGUGCAAGCAAACGCUUCUUUUCCUUAUGGGUAUGAAUAUUUGGGUUGCUCUUCCCGACUGGUUAUUACACCACUUACUGACCGCUGCUGGCUGACCCUUACCGGAGCUCUGCAUUUACACCUUGGAGGUUCACCUGCAGGACCUGCUGGGACAGGAAAAACUGAAACUGUCAAAGAUCUUGCUAAAGCUCUUGGGAAACAGUGUGUAGUCUUCAACUGUUCAGAAGGCAUAGACUACAAGAUGAUGGGCAAAUUCUUCUCAGGAAUGGCUCAGUCAGGAGCUUGGUGUUGCUUUGAUGAGUUCAAUCGGAUAGAUAUGGAAGUUCUUUCUGUAAUUGCCUCACAAAUUCAUGCAAUCAAAACCGCUAAGGACUGUAAAGCCUUGAGGUUUGUGUUUGAAGGAAGAGAAAUCCGUCUGAAUAUGUCCUGUGGAGUAUUUAUUACUAUGAAUCCUGGGUACAAGGGUCGUGUUGAACUUCCAGACAACCUAAAAUCAUUCUUUAGACCGGUGGCUAUGAUGGUACCGGAUUACCAGCUCAUUGCAGAAAUAAUGCUGUUCUCAGAGGGAUUCAGAGCUGCAAAGCUGCUGUCGGGGAAACUGGUCAGCCUCUAUAAUCUGGCCAGCAAGCAGCUCUCUCAACAGAAUCAUUAUGAUUUCGGUAUGAGAGCUCUUAAGACUGUCCUGGUCAUGGCUGGUCACAAGAAGCAAGACAUCCAGUCAAGAGAGAAGAGUGUAUUGCUUUCUCCUGAAGAUGAAUCACUGAUAAUAUUAAGUGCUUUACAAGAAGCAAACCUGCCUAAGUUUUUGUCUGAAGAUGUUCCGCUGUUUGAAAACAUUGUGGCAGAUCUUUUUCCCGGAAUAAGUCAUCAAAAACCUGACAUCAAGGAACUGGAGAAAGCAAUAUCUGUUGCGGCAGAGGAAUUAGGUUUACAGCCUUGGGAGACACAAGUGGACAAGGUCAUACAAUUUUAUAAUCAGAUUUUGGCUCGUCAUGGGGUCAUGUUGGUGGGACCCUCUGGAGGGGGGAAAACAACCGUAAGGAAAAUAUUGGAGAAAACCUUGACCAUCUCAAAAAAAGGAAAGGUGGAAACGUUUAUUAUCAAUCCAAAGUGCGUGACACUUGGAGAGCUGUACGGAGAAAUUGACACUAAUACUAUGGAGUGGUCUGAUGGACUUUUAUCAUCAGCUGUUCGUAAAUUUGCAAAAACAACAUCCAAAGAUUAUGAAGAAAGCACUUCAGCACCAAGCAGUGGACAAAUCACCCAAUCUUCCACACAACUCAAUAAUAAUGUGGAGGAAUUUACUGAUGUGUCUAAAGUUGCCUCUACUGAUUUAAAUACAGAAGGGGGAGAUUCCCUCUCAAAGAUGCAUGAUGAUUUUGGUUUAGGUCGCAUCAUCCCUGAAUGGAGUUGGGUAAUCUUGGAUGGUCCUGUUGAUACAGUUUGGGUAGAAAACCUGAACACUGUUUUAGAUGACACCAGAACACUCUGCUUGGCCAACAGUGAAAGGAUCCGGUUACCCCAAGGGAUGAGAAUGAUAUUUGAGGUGGACAGCUUGUCACAAGCAAGUCCUGCUACUGUUAGCCGGUGUGCAAUGGUAUAUGUGGAUCCUGUUGAUUUGGGAUGGAAGCCGUUUGUUAAGACCUGGAUUUCUCAGGUGUCUUCAAAGUUACCACUCCACGGUGUACAAUACUUAGAGAGCUUAUUUACACGGACUGUGGACAAGGGACUUAAAUUUGUACAGAAGAAUAAGACCUUCCUGCCUUUUCCCGUACAGGAGCUGACCAUUGUAAUGAACCUCUGCAAAAUUUUAGAUUCCUUCAUUAUUUUCAUGAGCAGAAACGGAGGCUUUGGGCAGAGAGAAUCACUAAUUGGAUUGAGAGCCAUGGAUGAGUCCCUGGCAAACCUAACGUAUGAUUUUAAUAACUUUGUGCACGACUUAUUUGACAGAGACCGCUCUUCUGGAGUUCAGAUGCCCCUUGGAGACAAGUCUAUCUUUAGUUAUUUUGUUGACCUACAGAAUGGAAACUUUGUGCCUUGGGAGAAUUUAAUUCCUUCUACAGAUCUUUAAUUCAGAAGGAUCAGUUUGUAGCACAGUGAGAUACUAAUCACCUCGAGUCUGCAGAAACCCAACACUGGUGGUACAAGCACUGGCUUUCAUCGGGAGUUCAUUGACACAGUAGAUAGUGUUCGUUAUUCCUUCCUAACCAGCCUCCUUCUACUUAAUAAGCAGCCAGUUCUAAUUACAGGUGACUCAGGUGUUGGAAAAUCUACGCUAAUCCACAAUACAUUUCGGAAACUCCAAAAACCUGGUGGGCUGUCUACAGAAGCCGGGACUGUCCUUGGAGACAUUUUCCUAUACAAUGAGACUAGAAAUAAAGGUCUGCUGCAGAAUAUCACGUUGUUAACAUCUGAUUCAGUAAACAAUGAGAAGUAUUAUCAGCCUGUUGAAGAUGGAGAGAGAUCCCUGAUUGGAGUUGGAGUUAACGGACUGACAUCUGCCAGUGAAGGACACAGAAGAGCAAAUGAAUUACUGGUUUCAGCUAUACAAUUAGGAUCCCACACAAAUUCUGCAAGACUACAGAGUCAGAUCAUGAAUAAGUUAAUGAAAAAAGGUCGAGAUACUCUUGGAGCUCCUAAGUUUAAAAAGGUUGCAGUAUUUAUCGAUGACCUGAAUAUGCCGCUUCCCGAGGAAUAUGGGGCACAGCCACCGCUGGAGUUGAUUCGCCAGUUUUUAGAGUUGGGAGGGUUUUAUGACCCCAAGACUCUGACCUGGAAGAAUGUCCAAGAUGUCUCUGUGAUUGCUGCCUGUGCACCACCUGGUGGUGGGAGGAAUGAAAUUAGUCCUCGCCUUCUCAAACAUUUCUGCAUGAUUGUUCUUCCUCAUCCUUCUGUGCAUGCACUGCAGCACAUAUUUCAGGUUCAGUUGGGCUCCUUUUUGCGAAGCAGUAAUUUCUUGGCAGAAAUCCAGAAAUGUCGUGAUUUAUUGGCCUCGUCAUCAAUAGCUAUUUAUUUUAAGAUGUGCCAAAGCAUGUUACCAACUCCAUCCAAGUGCCACUACACUUUUAACUUAAGAGAUCUGUUUAAGGUGCUGCAAGGAUUGCUUCAGUCCAGUGAAUCAGUUAUUGUAACAAAGGAAGCUGCUGCCCAGCUGUUUGUGCAUGAGGCAACGCGAGUGUUUUGUGAUCGUCUCAUAGAAAGCAAAGACAGAUCAUUAUUCUAUCAGUUUCUGUCAGAUGAGUUGCAUAAUUAUUUCAAGAUCUCAUGGCCCAGGGAGAAACUGAUGUCGGAGCCUGUGCUUUUUGUAGACUUUUUGGAAAUGAACACAUCUGUAAAAAACAGAAUUUACCAACCAGUCAACAAUUAUAAACAGCUGAUAUCCAGACUGGAAGAGUAUAGCAUGAGAAUGAAAAUGAGUUCAGCUCAUAUCAGGGACACUUGUGUAUUCUUUAAAGAAGCGAUUCAGCACAUCACAAGAGCCGCCCGAGUCUUUAGGCAACCUGGAGGACACAUGAUGCUGGUUGGCUUGGAUGGUAUAGGCAAAGUAACAAACGCCUCUUUGGCCUGCUUCAUAUCAGAAUGUGCCCUCUACAGAUUGUCUAUACAUCAAAGUUAUAGCCACAGUGACUUCAGGGAAGACCUUCAGAAAGUGUAUAAGCAGACUGGACUACUAGGCCGGAGUACGGUGUUCCUAAUUACUGGGGAAGACAUAGUUCAGAAUUCCUUCUUUGAAGAUCUAAACUGCAUUCUGAGCUCAGGAGACGUCCCAGACCUGUUUGAUAAGGAAGAACUGGAUGGAAUAUUUGUAGAACUUAAAGCGGCAGCAUUAGAGGCCGGUGUGUCCGACAGCCCACAAGCAAUGCUCUCUUUCUUCUUGCAGAGAGUGUGCCACCAUCUUCAUGUAGUCCUGGCACUAAGCCCAGCUGGACAGUCCUUCAGAGAGUAUUGUCGGUCCCAUCCUUCCCUCGUUAAUUGCUGCACCAUUGACUGGUAUGAUGAGUGGUCUGAGGAAGCACUUCUUGAUGUGGCAAAUAGCUACGUCGCUCAAGAGGACUUUGUUCCCCAUAGUGAAGAGCUGAAAAACAAUGUUGCACAGGUGUGUGUAAAAAUUCACAAGACGGUUUCAAGCGCAGCAGCACAGUAUCUGCAAGAGACCAGGAGACAUUAUUUUGUCACCCCAAGAAAUUACCUGAGCUUCAUUGAAACAUUUUCAGGCAUUUUGCAGAAAAAGAAAGAAAAAGUUAUAACGGACAGGAACCGCUUCUUCAAUGGACUCUCUAAACUCUUAGAUGCAACAUCUUCAGUUGAAAUUAUGCAGCAGGAAUUGGUAGCACUUGGGCCACAGAUAGAAGAAAAAUCAAAGGAAACAGAAGAUCUCAUGGUGAAACUUAAGAGAGAUUCACUUGUAGUGGAGCAAGUUAGAGCAAUUGUUAAGGAACAGGAAGAAGUGAUGGCUCAGGAAACUAAACUUGUGCAAGAAUAUGCAGAGCAAGCAAAGCACGAGCUGGAUGAGGUUCUUCCAGUGUUACAGCAGGCUGUGUCUGCCCUCGAUUCCCUAGACAAGGGGGACAUUUCAGAAGUAAGGGUUUAUACACAUCCACCUUUUCUGGUUCUCACUGUUAUGAAUGCAGUUUGUGUUCUCCUGCAAAAGAAACCUGACUGGGCUACAGCAAAACUUUUACUUGGGGAUCCAGGAUUUCUUAAACGAUUGGUCAACCUUGACAAAGACAGUGUGCCCGAAAAGGUUUUCCAGAGCUUGAAGAAAUAUUCCAAGAUUCCUGAUUUUAACCCCCAAAAAGUGGGUGCCGUAUCUACAGCCUGCCGCUCCCUGUGUCAAUGGGUUGUAGCUUUAGAGCAUUAUCAUGAAGUCCACAAGACAGUGGAACCAAAACAGCGUCGCGUGGCGGAAGCUCAGGAAUCGUUAAAGCUUGCGCAGGAGAAGCUGAAACGCAAACAGCACAGCUUGGCCUUGGUUGAGGAACACCAAACGCUGUUGCAGAAGCAGUACACUGAUGGUGUGGCAGAGAUAGAGCUUCUGGCUUAUAAAAAGAAACUAACUACUGAACGUCUAAAGAGAGCCUCGGUGCUGAUCUCAGCUCUAGAUGAGGAAAAGGUGCGAUGGAAGGAGUCCGUGGACACGCUAGACAACAGAUUGCAAGGAAUUGUUGGCGAUACCGUUAUUUCUGCUGCAUUUAUUGUGUACUGUGGUGUGUUUACAUCAGAAUAUCGAGAGAAGCUUGUAAAUGAAUGGCUGGAAUUUUGUAAAGCACAACUAAUUCCUGUGUCUGCAGAUUAUUCAAUUAUCAGAGCGAUGGCUUCAAACAAUGAGGUGCGCAGAUGGCAGAACGAAGGCUUGCCGCCUGACCCCUACUCCACUGAAAAUGCUAUUUUGGUAAAAAAUGGCUAUCACUGGCCACUCUUGAUUGAUCCUCAAGGCCAAGCGUAUAAGUGGAUCUGUCAGAUGGAAGGUGACAAACUGCGACAGGUUCAUGCUUCUGAUCCCAGCUAUCUAAAGACAAUGGAAAAUGCAAUACGGCUUGGGGAACCCAUUUUUGUGCAGGGUGUUGCAGAGUACUUAGAUACAAGUUUAAAGCCUGUUUUGGGAAAAGAAAUUUAUCGAAGAGCAGGUCAAGACUUCAUCAAGAUGGGUGAUUCUGAAAUAGAAUAUAACCAGAAUUUUAGACUCUAUUUGUCAACACAGAACCCCAAUCCUCAUUUUCUGCCAGCUGUUUGUAUCAUGGUGACAAUGAUAAACUUCACUGUGACGUUCAAAGGAUUACAAGACCAGCUCCUGUCUAGUGUUGUCACCCACGAGAAGCCUCACCUCGAGAUACAGAGAUGUCGACUGUUAGAGAGCAUCAGCACUGAUCUUUGUACACUUCGGGAACUGGAAACACGCUCACUAACUCUGCUUGAGAAAAAUGAAGGUCAUUUGCUAGACGAUGAGGCCCUCAUUGACACUUUGCAGCAAUCCAAAAUUACAUCAAGGGAUAUAUCUAAGCGGAUUGAGGAGUCUGGAAGAACAGAAGUUACCAUUGAGGAAGCCAGAGGAAUAUACAUGCCUGUUGCAAGAAGAGGGGCUGUGUUGUACUUUGUAGUGGUCAAUCUUAUUCAACUGGAUUACAUGUACCAGUUUUCCUUGCAGUGGUUCAGCCAGGUGUUUGUUGAGUCAAUGGAAGAUGUGAAAAUGUCUCAAACACAUUUGUCUCCAGAUUCUGGGUUAAAACCUCAGAGUUAUGAUGAAACUGAAAAUUUCCAGCUCCACCUUACCGGCAUCAUUAACACUUUGACAAGAAAUGUUUACAAGAUUGUUUCCUCUGCUCUAUUCAUUGAACAUCAGCUUUGUUUUUCCUUCAUGCUGACUUCUAACAUAAUGAAAUACAACAGCAGUGCAGAUAUAUGUCUUAACAAAAUGGGCUACCUCCCUAAAGCAGAGUGGAAUUUCUUUCUGCAUUCUAUUUUACUUACAAAUGUAAUGAACAACGAAACAAAUUCAGAAAACACAGAUGUUAGUAAAGAGGCUCAGAGAUGUGUUACACCCGACUGGCUUACAGAAUCCAUGUGGAAGCAGUGCCAGUAUAUGAGCAGACACUUAGAACCAUUUGCAUUAAUCUGUGAGUCUUUGUUAUCCAAUGCACCCCAAUGGGAAGAUUUUCAGAAGAGCACAGAUCUGUACUACUUAUUGGGGGAACCAUAUAAGUCUGUAUUGUUUCCAUCAAAGAGAGAUACAGAGACAUCUCCUUCAAGAGAAAAAAUAGAAUUUAAAUGGCAUGAACUGUCUUCUUUCCAGAAGCUUAUUUUGAUUAAGGUCCUUCGGCCUGAAUGUUUAACAAGUGCCAUACAGGAAUUUGUGGUUGAGAAAAUGGGUCCAGUAUACCUUCAGAAUGGAGGACUUAAUCUAAAGCAGGCAUUGGAAGAGUCAAACGCCAACACGCCAUUGAUAUUUAUUCUUUCUUCUGGAACAGACCCGGUUGGUCAGCUUGAGCGGCUUGCUAUGGAGACACGAGGGAAUACUGCACAUCUAGACAUGGUUUCUCUUGGGCGUGGUCAGGGGGCCAAAGCUGAGGAGCUCAUCAGUAAAGCACAAAGACAAAAAGGAAGAUGGGUUUUCCUUCAGAAUUGCCACCUUGCAGCUUCCUUUAUGCCAAAGCUUAAUGAUAUUGUUAAUGCAUUUUCACACCAGAGCAGUUUUACUGACCCUGACUUUCGGCUAUGGUUAAGUUCAAAGCCCGAUCCCUCUUUCCCUGUAUCUGUUUUACAGAAAGGUUAUAAGAUGGCAGUAGAACCUCCACAAGGACUUAAGGGAAAAUUGCUACAAACAUUUGAUAUCAGUGGUACUGGAGUCGUAACAGAAAGGGUUUUUGAGAAAGAAGAGAGUGGACAAUCGUGGAAGAAGCUGCUGUUCAGUCUCUGUUUCUUCAAUGCAGUAAUAAAUGAAAGGAGAAAAUAUGAAGCCCUGGGUUGGAAUAUCCCAUAUGAAUUUACCACCUCUGAUCUAGAGGUUUCUAUACAAAUGCUUGGAAUGUUCAUGGAUGGACAGAAGGAGGUCCCAUGGCAAGCUAUCCAUUAUCUAACUGGUGAGGUUGUAUAUGGAGGGCGUGUAACCGAUUUCUGGGAUCGCCGAUGUCUACUAAGUAUCUUGGACAUCUUCUACAAUCCAGCCGUUCUGCAUGAUACUUAUUCUUUUUCUAAUGAUGAUGUAUAUCACCCAAUACCAGACAGUGCCACUCUACAAGACUGCAGAAGUUAUGUGGAAUCUCUGCCAGACAAUGAUUCUCCGGAGAUAUUUGGGAUGCACCCAAAUGCAGAGAGAGCUUACCUUGAAUCACAGGCUCAGGUCUUCAUAGAUACCAUAGUCAGUAUGCAGACUCAAGUGACAGAUCACACAAUGCAAAGAGGAGAACAAAAUCAAGAUGAAAUAGUCUUGGAAAUCAUUGCUAAUAUCUGUAAAGUAUUACCGCAGACAGUGGAAGGCAAAACCGCACAAGAUGCAUCAGCUGCUGAUUCCAGCAUUACUCUUGCACAUUUAUUGGCACACUCUUCGUGGGAGGAACUUGUUAAAGUGACAGAAGGUUAUGAUCCGCUGCUUAAGUCUGCAUUGCUGACCGUUCUGCAUCAGGAAAUUCAACGUUUUAAUCAUCUGUUGUCUAUCAUGCACACUUCACUACAUGCAUUGCAACAGGCCAUCAAAGGAGAGAUUAUUUUAAGUAAAGGGCUUGAAGACAUUUCUAAUGCCUUACUCAGCCUUAAGGUUCCUGAACUAUGGCAGCAAUAUUCUUACAAGUCCUGUAAACUGCUUGGAGCUUGGGUGGAUGAUCUAGUUCAGAGAACUGAAUUUUUUGCACUUUGGGCCGAUGGAUUCAUUACCUGUGUACUGGAAAGGUUUGGUCAGUUGUUGAGGUUCCAGAAGACAUUUAGGAAAAGCAGACCAAGUACUGCGAAAUCUACUGCAAGCCUUGAGGCUGACGUCUACGUGCAGAGAGAAAAGCCGUACAGUUUCUGGCUAUCUGCAUUUUUUUUCCCACAAGGGUUUUUAACAGCAGUAUUGCAAAACCAUGCACGGGAGAAAGGAAUAUCAGUGGACUCACUUACUUUCAAGCACCAAGUCCAGCCUUCUUUGAACUACACAUUGGAUACAAAUAAAGGUCAAUGUGUAAUCAAGACAGCUUUUAGAGGUUCAUCUGUGCCUGAUGGAGGCGUUCUCGUUUUUGGACUGUACCUAGAUGGAGCUCAGUGGAAUACUCAGACACAAACUAUUGAGGAAUCAGACUACCAACAUAGAUUUUGCCUAAUGCCUCAAAUACAUUUUAUCCCACAAGAGAUCGCCCGCAUGACUGAUAAAACAAAUGAUGAAGAUAAAGGAUAUACUUAUAAAUGCCCCCUAUAUAGGACACAACAAAGAUCUGGAAUAUUGUCCUCUACCGGGCUAUCUACUAACUUUGUUACCGAUAUAUCUCUGCCAACAGUUAUUAACCCCAAACACUGGAUUAGAAGAGGGGUGGCAGCUCUUUGCCAAAUAAAUGAGUGA